UCUCGCGCAUUCUCAAAUGGAAAUUGGCCUGUAAUUAAAAACCCCCACCAAUGAAUCCCUUCAUUUCAUUAGCUCUACUCUUCGGCAGCUGGCCAUUUUCUUCUCUACUCGUCACUACGUCAAAGCAGUAAAUUGCUUCUACUGAAUCUACUAAUUCAUCUAUGAUCUAUCAUUAUCUUGCUUUGGAUUUUGCAUAAUUUCCUUUAUAGAUCCGUUCAAGAUGAGCCACGGUGACGGUUCAUUUAAGUACAUAAAUUUUUCUGAUCUCCCCGACGAUUUGGAUGACGGUUUCUUUAAGGACAUAAAUUUUUCUGAUCUCCUCGGCAAUUCGGUUUCUGUCCCUCCCAUAGGAGACCAAGUUCAACAGCCUGAGAAUGCGCCAUUCGAAGUACAAUCUGGCGCGAACGAACCACCGAUAUCGACCGGUGAUAAUCAGGAGAACUCGUCGAGCAGGAAAAGAGACUGGGAUGUAGUUUCUCCUAACUCAUCGGAUGCCAAAGGAAAACGCCCAAGGAGACAGAGCCGGCGCCGGGGAACUGAUUUUACCGGUGAAUCUUCAACUCCCGGGGAACCAGAAAAAACGACAGAGGAAGCAUCGACUUUUGCAGAGCGCAUCAAGCCUUUAACUGUGGGGGAAAGUGCGAAACUUUUGAUAAAUCGAAUCAACCAAAGGAUGAAGAGCGUGAGGGAGAUACAACUUAAUUUACUCCGCACCCACAGCCAUAUCAAAACGCAAUGGUCAAUGGCAGCCCAAGUCCAAGAAAUGGUGAAAGAUGAUGGUGCUAUCAAAGCUGAAAUCCAAAAAUUUAUCGAAGAUAUGGUUGCUACGGAAGGUGAAAUCCAGAGAUUUAUGGAAAAUAUGUAUGCUACGGAAUCUAAAAUCCAAAUAAUUAAACAAGAUAUCACGAAGAUACCCAAGAAUGGUAAAUUAACAGAAGCUGCGGCAAAGCAGAAAUUAAUCGGAAUGGAAAACAAGGAGUUAAAUAAAUUCCUUCAGGAUUUGCAAGAUGCAAGAAAGAUGUAUAAACAAAUCCUUCAGGAAAAGGACAAAAUAGAUGAAAAAAUACGCGAACUUCAACCAUUCUUCCUUAAUAAUAUGUCGACGUCUGAAAUACCAUCCGAUAUCAAAGAAAUGGAUGAUCAAAAUCAAGACGAAGGAGGUUUAUCAACUUUGGUCGAUGAUUCACAGACUAAAUUUAGUCAUUUUAAGAACCAAUUUCUUCACAAAGAGAACAACGAAGUGGAUUUUCAAGAUUUCGAGGGAUUGCAAGAGGCAUUGAACGGAGCUGGCUGGGGUGUAACCCCUGAUUACCUGGAACACAUAGCAAUGGAAAUCGAAACGGCCAUCGGUAUGCAGAUUAACAAUCCGCGUAUCCGUGUUCUGCUCUCCGCUGCAACCAAAGAGAUGAAAGAUAUGCGAGUCGAGGAAAUGGAGCUGGACAUGUCUAGCAUGUUCAAAAAGUGGGCGGCCACGCUCAAUUCCGCCAAGGAAGAUGGUUUUCAUGCGGAAUUUGCUUACCACAAGCUGGAGAAAAUUCUGCGUCUCUACUUUUUUUAUCAUGAGAAUUUAGAAGGAAAAAAUCUUUGAUAAUUACAGAUGAGCUUCACUUCGGAUUUGGUUUCGGUACUGUUCUCUAUAUGAAGUGUGUGGAUUUCCGUAUCUUAUUCGUGUAUUUUAUGGAUUUUAUUGUGUCGUUAUCGUAUUUGUAUUGUGCUUUCAAUAUCUCAAGCUUUGGAUUUGUAUCCUGUUCAUGUUUUUGUGUGUGUGUUAUAAUCGUAUUUCAAGGAUCUUAUGUUUGUUGAUAUUGGUAUGUACUUCACCUGGUUAUUAGAUGGUGAACCAUCCUUCCACUGGAUCUGAGUUUGAUUCUCAUUGCCUCCACUGUUUGAUAAAGCAGCGUUGCAGCAGGACAAGGACUAGUCCUUGCUGGUUCAGCUCUUGGUGGUGGCGCUUCAAACACGCACCCGCUCGUACCUCCAAA